CCGCGUAAAAGCGGAAGCGGAAGAGCUCGAGAACAAAGUGCGCACCAGAGAAGCAGAGCGGCGCCGAGUGAUCGAUAUCGAUCAGUGACACCGAUCAGAAACCCGUCUGAUCAGAGAGAGCGAAGAUGAACCGCGCAGGCGCAGAACUGAGGAUUAUCUUCAGCCCGGGCCGCGUGCAGCUGGUUCAGGAGGAGGCUGUGGUCCCGGCUCCUACAGUCCUAGUUACCGGGGCAACUGGUCUUCUGGGUCGAGCUGUCUGCAGUGAGUUUCAGAGCAGCGGCUGGUUGGUUAUCGGGACCGGAUACAGAAGAGCCAGACCCCGCCUCCUCCGCUGUGACCUCACAGAUGAGGACGCUGUCAGAGGACUACUGCAAGAGUACAAGCCUGAUGUGAUUGUCCACUGUGCAGCCGAGAGACGUCCAGAUGUUGUGGAGAGACACACUGAAGCUGCUGUAAAUCUCAAUGUGCACGCCACGAGCACGCUCGCGAAGGAGGCAGCUGUCUGCGGAGCGUUCUUCCUCUACAUCAGCACCGACUAUGUGUUCGAUGGCAGGAAUCCUCCGUACGGAGAAGACGACAGUCCCAAUCCUCUGAACGUUUAUGGACGCAGCAAACUGGAGGGAGAGAGAGAGACACUGAGACACUGUCCAGGUGCAGUGGUGCUGCGGGUGCCGGUUCUGUUCGGGGAGGUGGAGUCGGUGUCAGAGAGCGCCGUGACAUCGCUGUGGCUGAAAGUCCAGGAGGCGUCAGAGAGCUGCACCCUGGAUCACUGCCAGCAGAGGUUCCCCACCGACACCCGGGACGUCGCUGCUGUCUGCAGGAAGCUGUCCGAGAGAAGGAGACAGGACCCGUCUAUCAGAGGAAUCUUUCAUUUCUCAGGUAAAGAGCAGAUGACUAAAUAUGAGAUGGCCGUCGCGAUCGCUCAGGCCUUCAACCUGCCGUCCAGCCACCUCAUCCCUCUGACGGAGCAGCCAGCGGCGUCGACUCUUCGUCCGAUCAACAGCCAGUUAAACUGUUCCCGCCUGGAGCUGCUGAACCUGAGCGUGGAGCCGCGACCUUUCACCUCCGCCAUCAUCGACUGUCUGUGGCCGUUCACACCGGACAAACGCUGGAGACAGACAGUCUUCCACUGACAGACGGGUGGAGGGAGACAGACUGACGAGUGGAGGGAGACGGGUGGAGGGAGACAGACUGACGAGUGGAGGGAGACAGACAGACAGAAAAACAGACGGGUGGAGACAGACUGACAGGUGGAAAAAGAGACUGACAGACGGGUGGAGGGAGGGAGACUGACAGACGGGUGGAGACAGACAGACAAAUAGGUGGAGACAGAUUAAGGGGUGGAGACAGACAGACAGGUGGAGACAGACAGACAGACAAAUAGGUGGAGACAGAUUAACGGGUGAAGACAGACAAACGGGUGGAGACAGACAGACAGACAAAUUGGUGGAGACAGACAGACAGGUGGAGACAGACAAACGGAUGAAGACAGACAGACAGACAGGUGGAGACAGACAAACGGAUGAAGACAGA